CCGUGGAAUGCCAACAAUGUAGCGAAUGUCCCACUUGGGUCUGCGCGUUGGAACCGCGGCGUGAGUGCCCCGGGAAGAUGGAGCAGCCGCCGCCCGCGCCACCGCCGCCGCCUGGGGCUCCCCCGUCCCUGCGGAGCCAACAGCAGCUCCAGCCACCGGCGCCUGGUCUCCCGGCGCUCGAGGCCCAGGAGCCGCGGGCCAGGACGCCCCCGAGGCUGUAGACCGCGCCCCAAGAGAGUGAUGGUCUUCAAAAUGAAGACUCUGGAGAAUUUUAAGUUCUCUAUAGGAAUUACAAAAAUUGAAGGAAAGAAAAUUUUCAAAAGGAAAUUGUUUUGAAAAGUAUGUUUACAACUAACUGAUUCUAUUGACUAUUUUUUUAAAUAAUAAAAUACUUUGAGAAGAUUAUAUUUAUGGUAAAAGGAAACUGGACUAACAAUGAGGCCAAAGACUUUUCCUGCCACAACUUAUUCUGGGAAUAGCCGACAGAGACUACAAGAGAUCCGUGAAGGGUUAAAGCAGCCAUCCAAGUCUUCGGCUCAGGGGCUGCCCGUGGGACCAAACAGUGACACUUCCCUGGAUUCCAAAGUCCUGGGGAGCAAGGAUGCCACCAGGCAGCAGCAGAUGAGAACCACCCCGAAAUUUGGACCUUAUCAGAAAGCACUCAGGGAAAUCAGAUAUUCCCUGUUGCCUUUUGCCAAUGAAUCAGGCACUUCCGCGGCUGCAGAAGUAAACCGGCAAAUGCUGCAGGAAUUGGUGAAUGCAGGAUGUGACCAGGAGAUGGCAGGCAGAGCGCUCAAGCAGACCGGCAGCAGGAGUAUUGAAGCCGCCCUAGAGUACAUCAGUAAAAUGGGUUACCUGGACCCCAGGAAUGAGCAGAUCGUACGCGUCAUUAAGCAGACCUCCCCAGGAAAGGGCAUUGUGUCCACCCCGGUAACAAGGAGGCCCAGCUUCGAAGGCACAGGCGAAGCGUUCUCAUCCUACCACCAGCUGGGAGGUGCAGCCUACGAGGGCCCAGGCUUUGGCACAGAUGGCCCCGCGGGACUGGAGGAGGUGCCACGGCAGUAUAUGGACUUCCUCUUCCCAGGAGUUGGUCCCCACAGCCUGCCUGGCCACCAGCACCCCCCCAAAGCCUAUGGUGCCAGCAUGGAGGCAGCGGGAGCACAUUUCCCGGCCACCUGCCCCACCGGUCCGUCCCUGCCACUUCCAGGUGCACACUAUGGCCGCACGCACCUCCUAGUACCCGGGGAGCCUCUGGGCUACGGUGUGCAGCGCAGCCCCUCCUUUCAGAACAAGACGCCGCCCGAGUCGGGGGGCUAUGCCGGCCUGACUGCCAAGGGCCAGGGGGCCCCGCCAGGCGCGGGCAUCGCCUUCCCCACGCCCACUGCUGGACUGUAUGGCCCGCAUGCGCACCAUAAGCAGGCUGGCCCCGCAGCCCACCAGCUGCAUGUGAUGGGUUCCCGGGGCCAGGUGUUCACUGGCGACAGCCCACCACAAAGCUUGCUGGUCCCCUCAAGAAACAGCCUCAAUGUGGAUCUGUAUGAGCUGGGCGGCCCCCCUGUGCAACAGUGGCCAGCAACCACACUGGCCCGCCGCGACUCGUUACAGAAGCCAGGCCUGGAGGCUCCACGCCAGCACGUGGCCUUCCGGCCUGACGGCCCAGGACCCAGCAGGACCAACUCCUUCAACAGUCAGCAGCCGCGGGCUGGUGCACCAGGCCAGGCCGAGCCUUCCCUGCCUGCCCCAAACACUGUCACAGCCGUGACUGCCGCGCACAUCUUGCACCCAGUUAAGAGCGUGCGGGUACUGAGACCUGAACCACAGACAGCCGUGGGGCCCUCCCACCCUGCCUGGGUUCCCGCACCUGCCCCAGCCUCUGAAGGCCUGGACUCGAAGGAUGAGCACGCCCUGGGCCUGGGAGCCACUGCUGUCUACCCACUGGAUGUGGAGUACAGUGGCCCAGACCGCAGAUGCCCACCUCCACCCUACCCCAAACACCUGCUGCUGCACAGCAAGUCCGAGCAAUACGACCUGGACAGCCUAUGUGCCGGUGUGGAGCAGAGCCUCCGUGCGGGCCCAACUGCAGAGCCUACGGAGAGGAGCGACAAGAGCCACAAAAGUGCCAAGGGGGACAAAGGUGGCAAGGAUAAAAAGCAGAUCCAGACUUCUCCAGUACCAGUCCGCAAAAAUAGCAGAGAUGAAGAGAAGAGGGAAUCCCGCAUCAAGAGCUACUCCCCCUAUGCCUUUAAGUUCUUCAUGGAACAACACGUGGAAAAUGUCAUAAAAACCUACCAGCAGAAGGUCAACCGGAGGUUGCAGCUUGAACAAGAAAUGGCCAAAGCUGGACUCUGUGAGGCUGAGCAGGAACAGAUGAGGAAGAUCCUUUACCAGAAGGAGUCAAAUUAUAACAGACUAAAGAGGGCCAAGAUGGACAAAUCCAUGUUUGUGAAAAUCAAAACCCUGGGGAUCGGUGCCUUUGGAGAAGUAUGCCUUGCUUGUAAGGUGGACACUCAUGCCCUGUAUGCCAUGAAGACCCUGAGGAAGAAAGACGUCCUGAACCGGAAUCAGGUGGCCCAUGUCAAGGCAGAGAGGGACAUCCUGGCUGAGGCAGACAAUGAGUGGGUGGUCAAACUCUACUACUCCUUCCAAGACAAAGACAGCCUGUACUUUGUGAUGGACUACAUCCCUGGAGGGGACAUGAUGAGCCUGCUGAUCCGUAUGGAGGUCUUCCCUGAGCACCUGGCCCGGUUCUACAUUGCAGAGUUGACUUUGGCCAUCGAGAGUGUCCACAAGAUGGGCUUCAUCCACCGAGACAUUAAGCCUGACAACAUUUUGAUAGAUCUGGAUGGUCACAUCAAACUGACAGAUUUUGGCCUCUGCACUGGAUUCAGGUGGACUCACAAUUCCAAAUACUACCAGAAAGGGAACCACAUCAGACAGGAUAGCAUGGAGCCCAGUGACCUCUGGGAUGAUGUGUCUAACUGUCGAUGUGGGGACAGACUGAAGACCCUGGAGCAGAGAGCACGGAAGCAGCACCAGAGGUGCCUGGCACACUCCCUGGUUGGAACCCCAAAUUACAUCGCACCAGAGGUGCUCUUGCGCAAAGGGUACACUCAGCUCUGUGACUGGUGGAGUGUUGGUGUGAUUCUCUUUGAGAUGCUGGUGGGACAGCCGCCAUUUUUGGCUCCUACUCCCACAGAAACCCAGCUAAAGGUGAUAAAUUGGGAGAACACGCUGCACAUUCCAUCCCAGGUCAAGCUGAGCCCAGAGGCAAGGGACCUCAUCACCAAACUCUGCUGCUCUGCUGACUGCCGCCUGGGGCGGGAUGGGGCAGAUGACCUGAAGGCCCACCCUUUCUUCAGCUCAAUCGACUUCUCCAAUGACAUCCGGAAGCAGCCCGCCCCCUACGUUCCCACCAUCAGCCACCCCAUGGACACCUCAAAUUUUGAUCCCGUAGAUGAAGAAAGCCCUUGGAAUGAGAAUAGUGAAGGCAGCACCAAGACCUGGGACACUCUCACCUCCCCCAAUAACAAGCACCCUGAGCAUGCGUUUUACGAAUUCACCUUCCGGAGGUUCUUUGAUGACAAUGGCUACCCCUUUAGAUGCCCAAAGCCUUCAGGAGCAGAAGCUUCGAAGUCUGAGAAUGCAGAUUUAGAAACUUCUGAUCUGGUGGACCAGAGCGAAAGCUGCCAGCCAGUGUAUGUGUAGGCUGUGACCAGGUGCCCACAGCUCGUGUCUUCAGAGCCCGGGAGCCACAGCAGGUUCCUGAACAGGCAGAUGGGAAGUGCAGGGUGACUUUGUUUGCAAUAAGUCUAUUGAUUAAUCACUUGAAAUUCUGGUCUUCACCAAGAAAACCCCAAACCAACAAGAAACUGAAAAAA